UUAUUUAAGAUGAGGAAAAUAUCUAAGCUGGCGCGAUGCUGUUUGAGCCAAAUAUGUCACCUUGACAACGGCGGAUGUAAAUAGAGCCGAACAGACAGACCAACACAGACUGAUAUAUUGAAGGUUCAACAUACAGCUAUGUCUGAGGAAAAGAAAGAGGCCCCAAAAGACAAGGGAGGGGAGAAGGUGUCCAUUGAUGACAGUGCUUUUGAAGCACUGGAAAAGGACUUCCAAGAGGUUCUCCAAGAGUUAAUGGGAGAUAAAAGUUUAGACAAAUUCAAAACUGAAUAUGAAAAGCUUCACAAAGCUUUGAAGAAGUCCCAUGAAAGUGAGAAGCGUUUGAUGCAGAAAUGUCGAGAGUUGAAUGCAGAAAUAGUUGCCAAUGCUGCCAAAGUGUCCACUGCUUUGAAGCUGUCCCAGGAAGACCAAGCAACCAUUGCAUCAUUGAGAAAGGAGAUAGAAAAAGCUUGGAAGAUGGUAGACUCUGCACACGAAAAAGAACAAAGAGCGAGAGAAACAAUACAGUCAUUAAAAUUGGAAAUAGAAAAUUUAAGUAAACUUGUUGAGCAGGGUGCUGGUCUUACUGUUGGACAGGAACACAGUGUAAAUGAACUCCUAAAAAUUAAGGAAGAGUUGACCAAGGAAAGGGAUGACUUGUUGUCUGAAAUUGUCAAAGUUAGAGAACAACUGGCACAAGCGUCAAAUGAACAACAGAAACUGGAGGCAGACAAAGAAGACUGUAACAUGAAAAUAACUGAGCUUCAACAAGACAUUCAAGUUCGCAACAAUGAGGCUCAACGUGAAACACGUAAAAAGGACAAAAUUGAGCGUGAGCUGAAACAGGCUCGAGCUGAUCUUGAUGCCAAGGCCUCAGAAAUAAAAACCAGCCAGGCUCAAUUGGAGAGGUAUAAGCAAGAUGUCACUAAGUUGGAGGCACAACUUAAAGAGCAGAGGAUUAUGAAUGAAAGAAUCACCAAAGAUUCAGACAUCCUGAAUGCCAGGUUCCAGAAGUUGCAGCAGGACUAUGAGGCUCAACUCAUCAGUGCUGACCAAUUGGCCUCAGAAAACCAGACCAAAGUUUCUGACCUGAAGCAAAAAGAAGAUGAGGUCAAUGCACUGAAGGCUGAAGCUAGUCGACUGAACAAGAUGCGUGAAACUAUUCAGCGUAAACUGCGUAAUGUUGAAGACUCAAAGGGAGAAGUUGAAGGGCAGAAGGAAACCCUCAAAUCUCAAAUUGUUGGCCUAGAAAGAGAAUUGGAAGCUUUGAAGAAACAGUCAGAAGCAGACAGAAAGGCUAUUGAUGACCUGGUGCGAGAAAGAGAUAUCUUGAACAAAAAUAUGUUGAAGGCAGCUGCAGCAACCCAAAAGCAGCAUAACUUAGUCAAACUGCAUGAACAGUCCAAGAAGAACCUUGAACAGGAGAUCCAAAAUUAUAAAGAGGAAGCUCAGAAGCAGCGAAAGAUCAUUUACCAGUUGGAAAAGGAGAGAGAUCGCUACAUCAACGAAGCGAGUGACCUGACUCAAAAGGUUUUGCAACACAUGGAAGAUGUCAAAGUGAGGGAGAUGCAGAUUUUUGACUACAAAAAGAAAAUUGCCGAGGCAGAAACCAAGCUUAAACAGCAGCAGAACUUGUAUGAAGCAGUACGCAGUGACAGAAAUCUGUACAGCAAGAAUUUGAUAGAGUCACAGGAUGAAAUCACGGAAAUGAAGCGCAAGUUGAAGAUCAUGAACCACCAGAUUGACCAGCUUAAGGAGGAGAUCUCUGCCAAGGAGGCAGCCCUCAUCAAAGAACACAUGGACCACCAGAGAGUGGAGAAAGAGAAAGAAGCCCUGAAAGCAGAACUGCAGAAGAUGAAGCAACAGGCUGCAGAAAAUAAGGCUGUGAUUGAGUCUCAAGACCAAGAACAGAGAAAGCUUCUCAAAAUUAUUGCAGAAUCUGAUGGUGAACGUGUCAGACAGAAGAAGGAAUUGGACCAGGUUAUAAGUGAGCGAGAUAUUCUUGGCACACAGCUGGUCCGCAGAAAUGACGAGUUGGCUCUCCUGUAUGAGAAAAUUAAGAUCCAGCAAUCAACUUUGAACAAGGGAGAGAUUCAGUAUAAUCAGCGCUUGGAAGAUAUCAGAGUCCUUAAGUUGGAGAUCAAGAAGCUGAGGAGAGAGAAGUCCAUCCUUCAAAAGAGUGUUGCCAAUGUUGAUGAUCUGAGACGUGAAGUAUACCACAUCCAACGUGAACUUCUUCGUGAGCGUACUCGUUGCAAGGCCCUGGAGGAGGAACUGGAGAACCCUAUGAAUAUUCACAGAUGGAGGAAACUAGAGGGCAGUGAUCCCAGCACUUACGAAAUGAUCCAGAAAAUCCAGACUCUCCAAAAGCGCUUGAUUGCCAAGACAGAAGAGGUAGUGGAGAAAGAGCUGCUAAUCCAAGAGAAAGAGAAGUUGUAUGUGGAACUGAAGCACAUUCUUGCUAGACAGCCAGGCCCAGAAGUAGCAGAACAGUUACAAAUAUACCAGCAAACUCUGAAGGAAAAGACCAAACAGAUGAAGGGUAUGUCAUCGGAGCUGAACAUGUAUGAGUCACAAGUGAAUGAAUACAAAUAUGAAAUAGAGCGCUUAGCCAGAGAACUGCAGGAAGUCAAGAAGAAAUAUUAUAUGCAGAAAAGAAAAGAGCAGCAAGCAAAGGAACGUGAAAGAGCCAUAGCUCAAGCUGGGCAGCCAGUGAUCCAACCACAGAGGACAGAUGCACCGAGAUUUACUGGAGGUGGAUUUAGUCUCAAGCAGACAGCCAAAACUUAUGGAUAGAGAUAUAUCAAAUAAAUGAUCUUUCAAGAUGAUUUUAAAACUAGAUUAUGAAUUGAACUGUAAAGAAAAUACUAGAUGAGACUGUAAAGAAUGGCAUUCCUAUCAACACUUCUGGAUAAUAUAUGCUGCCAGUGAUGAAAAAUCAAUUCAAGGCAUUUAACCAGGGUAGCUUCUUUAUUUUUUUAACCAUCCAGUAUCUUAUGCUUACCUUUGUUUUUACAUCUAAAUUGAAAUGUAUCAUAUUAUAUGUAUGGUAUCUGUGAUCUUCUGGAAUAAAAGCUUCAUUCUUAACUUUCA